AUUUUUUUACUUUUUAACCGUAUUUAUUUUUUUAUACCUCUUUACCGAUGCAAGGCCACACUAAAACACUAAAACAACUUUUAUUUUAAAAAUCCAUUUUGGAAUAAAAUUUCAGUUUAUUCUCUAAAAUCCCCGAAUUCAUCGGCUAGCCUACAGAACGUAUUAGGUUUUCCAAAUAUAUCAUGUUCGUUCAGUCCCAUGGGGAAAUUGUGGUUUCCAUUCCUUGCCGGACGCAAGAUGUUUCAGGUGUGACCAUAGACGGAGUCUUCACACAUUUUGUGGGUUGAUUUCCGCUGGCGUUUCUGUGGUACUUAUACACACCCUUUAUUGCCUCAUUUGGCAGACAAGAACUAUUGUAUUCAUGAAAAACAUUUCGCCGCCUCGCUUUUUCUCUAAUUAUCAUGAAAUUCUUUAGAAAAAUGCUUCGUCAAUUCGACUGUAGCUUUAAUUUUGAGUAUAAUUGCGCUCAUUAAAAAGUAUAGAGUAACGGCAACUAUUGUGGUAGAAUCUUCCAACAAUUUUAGUCCGCCAUCAUUAUCAUUAAUAUCGGAUGUACAUGCAGCCUAUUUGAGUGUUUGUUUUUUGAUCUUGAACUUAAUAUACGCAUGCAUAAAUUAUAUUUAUCAAAGAAAUCGACACUCUCAUUAUACUCUCCUCAGUCACGAACUGCAUGUCCUCCUCCGUACGACACGGGCACGUUGAAAAUACAUGCUAUGGACAGAACGAAGUCGUUCCAAUGUAGUUUUCAUUUCCUUUUCGUAAUGAUUACUGCGUGCUGUUUUCCUUGCUGUAAUACGUUAACGACAAGUGCACCCACGGCCACACCGAAGAUUAACAAAACAAAGGAAAUCUACAUCGACACAGUUGAAGUAGUCUUUAUCAACAAAACAGUUUUGACCCAUGAAAGUGUUGAACUGGUUUGCAAAGUUGAGCCAAGGAAUGCCACAUUGACUAUAAAAUGGAUGAAGGGACAAGAAAAUCUUACUGAAAACGAAAGGAUUAAAUCUGAACGAAAUAAAAUUACAAUCAACCGUACCGUAGCAAAUGAUACUGGUUAUUAUACAUGCAUUGUAAAGACUCCUCUCGGUUUUAAGAGAAAAACAGCACACUUGACAGUGGAGGAAGAAGACGACGACGAGGAAGAAGGUGAAGAUGAUGAUUUUUCAGGAAGAGGUGAUCAUGAAGUAUCGCCCGUCACCGAACCUCCAUGCGGACGCCCACAAAGGAAGGAGCGUACAACAUGUAAAACCUUGGAAGGUUUUCCGAACUGUAAAUCAAUUGCCCCGGAUGUGGACAUCAACGACAUCGCGAUUAUACAAGAGCAGUCAAAGCAUAAACAUUUUCUGCGGAUAAGAGUUGAAUGGAAGGUUCCAAGAGCGGGAAAUUCCGACAUUUGGGGAUGGCAAGUCAUGGUAUCUGAUUUAUUGAGACGUCCGGGUGUUACCGAAUGCAGACAAAUAAACAAAAUGCAUGAUAAAGAAUUGAAGAAUGGCGAUUUUUUCGUCGAAGAAACAUUCCAUAAGAUAGAUUACAAGUCAAAGAUUGAAGUAGAAAUAAGAAGUCUUCCUUAUAGAGGCAGGGAAAAAGGAGUGACGAAAAUCGUCUCGACAAUUCAAAAUGCUAAUGACUGCCACUUUUUCCCUGAAAGACCCUGUUGUUACGUGAUCAAGAAUAUUACUGUGGAACAAAGGGGUUCUACCAGUGCGGCGUUAUCGUGGCCAGAUUUGAAAAAUUCUAGCCUCGCUUCAAGACUGAAGUUAUUAGGAUUCGCUGUCAGGUACAAUGCAACAAAAAGGAACGACGAUUAUUGUCAAAAGGGAGUGUUUGAAACACGUGCUUCGGACGCCUUUAACAAAACGCACAUAAUGGUUGAUGGCCUCCAACCAUUUUGCCAGAAUUACUCCUUCAAGGUCGCUCCGAUUUUUCAUUCGAACUUUUGUAGAAGUUGUAGUUUCGAUUGUGAUCGAAAUUCUGGGGAAGGAAUAUACUCCAACUCAUAUCAUUACCAAAUGAUAAUUAUCGAGCCGCCCGAAAAAGCAGCCAGCAACAAGCAACGUUUGACAAAUGUGCAUAAAGCUAUUGUGGUUGUGAUGACAGUACUUGCUGUUUCAGUAAUUUGUCUAACAGUGUUAGUUGCUUGGAGGAGGAGACGUGCAUUUGAAAAAGGCAAGGAAACUGAGACAAUUCCAUUAGGACCUGUGACGGAAGUUUUCAUCGCUCAUGCCAGUCAUUGCAAGGAUUGUGAUGACGCUGUGCUUUCUGUAGCAACAUAUCUCAACAUGACAGGGCAUUGCAAAUGUUCCCUUGACUUGUGUUCUUUGCCAAAGGAAUGGUCUCCUGGCAUGACACAGUACUAUGAAAAUCAAAUUUCAAAAUGUCCAAAAGUCAUCGUUUUGUUUACAGUCAACAAAAAUCACGAAUGCGAAGAUACCAUAAAGGCAAGAAAUUAUACUUACCAAGAGAAUCUGAUUCGCUCGGAACUCCUCACGAAUUGCCCGACGACAAAAUUCAUUCCAGUCUACAUGGAUUUCCUAUCCGAUCUUGAUAUCCCAUCCUUCUUACGAAACAGAAAAUCGUUCUCGCUGCCUUCACAGUUAACAGAGCUUGUGCUGUACAUUAUUGGUGAGCCUGUCUGCAAGCCAGUCUCCGAUUGCCCGAUGCAGGCCCUGGAAGAAGACAGCAGUUUGUUGAAGCACAAGAAAAUCCUGGAAACAAAAAUUAAAGACCUGAAUGCAAAACACCACAAAAAAUUGAGAAACAAGAACAACAACAUGCUGGAAAAGAUCGUAUGAACUGACUGAUCGAACAAACUUGACGACCAUAAAACCAAAGCCAACAAAUGGAAGAUGAACUCAAGCAGUCUAAACUAGUUAUGACGUGCAUCCUAAUUUGUGUACAUACAUAGUCUUUUUUUGUAGAGUGAUACACCGCGGUUUCAUCUCAAAAAGUCUUUUACUACUACUAAAGCUACUUUUUUUAAACAUUGUGAAUAUGUUUAGCUAAGUCCCUAAACGGUAAUAAUGGUAGUUUUUGAAUGAGGCCUCUGUGUCAAUUUUUACCUAAUUUUACCGCAGCCUUGUGAUCAUUAUCGAAAAUAGUCUUUUCUUGUUUCAGAAAACUGUAAAUAUCUUAAUCCAACAAUAAAG